GCGUUCUCACUCGCGACACUCGCGCUCCAGUCGCAUGCGUUUUGCUCGACGCACAAGCUCGCGCUCGACGAAGACCAGGUCGUGUGGGAGUACGCGCUGCGCAUGCAGGCGACGCUCGGCGACUGCGUGUCGCCCAAGCCGUCGAUGCUCGCGUUCGAAGAGCGCGCCAAGUUUGACGGGUACAUGGCCCUCGCCGGCCUCUCGGGCCAUCUGGCCAUGCACCGGUACCUGAAACUCUACCUCUCCUGCUUUUCGCAAACAAACUGGCAGCCGAUCGAGGCGCUCGACCACUUGCUGGCCUUUCACAACCCCGAGACGCCGCGUCUUCCGACCGCGCUCCCGACGGUCGUGCUUGUCGACUUUGCGCGCUCGGUGCUGCCGAUGGGGAAGAGCGAUUUGCAUCUCCUCGAAGCGACGAGCGUCCACGUGCUCGCGGCCAACUGCAAGAACGACCCGUGCGGCGUGCUCUCGUCCAUUGCGAUCCCUGUGCCUAGCACGUACACGAACCAAAACAGCCCGAUGCAGCUCCUCGCCGUCUCGCCCGACGAUACCCGCGUCGCCGUCGCAGGGGCCCGUGGCUUUGCCCUCCUCCACAAGCCCAAAGGUGCGUGGCUCUGCUUCGGGAACGUUCACGACGAGCAAGCCUUCCGCGUUGUCGCGAUGGACUGGUGGCACAACGAAGCGCUCGUCGUUCUCGUGCUCCAAGACGAUCUGCUUCUCAUUGACGUCUACGCCCGCGACCGCCUCGAUGCCCGCUGCUGCCGCCUCGUCUUGCCGCCGACCGCGUUCUUUUACGCGAUUGCCGUCGACCACGAUCGCGUCUACUGCCUCUCGCUGCAGCAAGUGCUCGUGUACCGCAUUGCGACGUCCGGGUCGGCUGACGCGGGGAGUCUCCGCUUUGAGAUUGAGUUUGAGCGGGCCGAGGCGCUGCCGCGCUGCAACGCCAUGGUCGGCCAAGCGCACUUGUUUGUGCCGAUUCCGCGCCUCCUGCCACAGUCGAAUGCCGCAUACAAGAAAAGCGGCGCGUGGUUCACCGGCUGGCUCGGUCUCUUGGGCGAAUCAAACAAGCAUAUGCUCUUGCCACGGUUCGCGCUCCUCGAUACGCUCGGGUGUCUCUACGUGUGGGACCCCGAAACAAAGGAGCAGGUGCUCUUGGCCAGUGACAUCUCGCACGUCUCGACCUGGCGCGGCCCUCACGAGCUCCCGACACCGUGCACGCUCAUGCACGGCUUGUAUGGCCCCAAGGGCUUUCAGGCGUGGUGGCCGCUCCUGGACGGCGUUGAUUUUGAGCCGAAGGCGCAUGCCGAUGCACUCCGAUCGUUUCUACAAGUCCACGACCCGAUGCGCGCGCGCAGUAUGGGCAAGCUCCAAGGAUCGCCCGAAGAGAUGGCCAACACGUACUAUGAGCUCUUGGCCGAGUACGGGGUCCAACUCGAGAUCGCCAACGCCGAGCCAGAGUCGUCGGAUAUUCCGACAUCGGUGCACUGCAUCAUGGUCGAUCCUGUCUUGAAAUUCAACCCGGAAGUGCAGCUCGUGGGGAUCCAUGCCCGGUUCGGCGUCCUCGUUGGCGCGUUCCAAGACCAAUACGUCGGCAUCUACGACAUUGCGGCCCGUGUGCAGCCGCUCUUGCACUCGCUUCUCUCGCUGUUGCUGGUGCAGAAGCAGUCGACGCUCGCGCACGCGUGCUUGGAGGUCAUGACGGCGCGCCUCGGUCUCACGACGCCUACGAAAGAGCUCGUGCUCGUGACCGCACUCGACAAUGCGUUUCGACGGGUCUGGCCGCGUGCAGUCGUCGAGCGCACGCUGCUUUUGCUGCAGGACCCCGAGAACGAGAUGGAAACGUACUGCGAAAUCGUGGCCAACGUCGCGCGCAAGCGCCACGAAGUCCGGACGGCCGCCAACUUUCUCUUGUGCCUCGACGAGUCCGUGAGCACGCCGACGGUCGUGACGCGGACGCGCACCAACAGCUUUGCGCAGUUCCAGUCGCGGAGCGCGCUCGCGCUCGAGCUCAUUGUCGACUGCGUCGAGUGCGACGAAGACCAUUUGGCGCUGCAGCUGGUCCGCGUCGCGCGUGCGUGGGAGCCGGACCACUACUACCACGCGAGCAACGGCGCGUCGCCGCAGUACGAGCGCUACAUUGACGAGCAGCUCGGGAAAUAUGCCUUCCAGAUGCUUGUCCAGUACCGAUUCGACAAGGUCGUAUGGCUCCUCUCCCAGACCCAAGUGCCACUGCCCGUCCUGUUUGGCGACGAUCUCGGCGUCCGUAGCGAGAGUCUUGCGCUCAUCCACGAGCGCCUUGACGUUCUCUUGACCACGGACGAGCUGCGCUUGCUCCACAGCGCGGUCGCGGCAGCCAAGUACGAGCAGUGGGCCACGCUUCUGGACGCAGUGCUGCAGCAACACACGUAG